AUGCUGCUGCUCGCAUCAUGCGUGGGCCUCGCCUGGUCCUGGUCGACGCGCACCGUCGGCGGUGUGCGCACGCGAAGCGCUCCGGCCGUCGCGGCCGCGGCAGCAGGACUCGCCGCUGACGCUGCGAUGGCGGCCGACGCCACUGACACUGCCGAGUAUCUCUGGCGCGGUGAGGUGCCUCUCCCUGGCGCCGACUGUCAAGAGCGGCUGGUUGGCGCGUCGCCAGGCGUCGCGCUCCGCGUGCUUCGAUGGUCGCCCACCGACUCUGCCGCCGCCGGCCGCCGGCCGCUGGUCUUUGUCGCAGGGUGGGGCAGUGUCUUUGAGGGAUGGCGGCCGCUGCUAACGACGUGGGCGUCUCGCCGGCCGAUCAUCUACAUCGAGACGCGCGAGAAGAAGUCCGCCGAGUUUGACUUUCGGCCAAACGUCGCCGACUUUGCGAUGGCGCGGCAUGCUGACGACAUCGCCGCUGUGCUCGCGGCGAUCGGCGUCGCACCUUCCUCGGUCGACUGGUUCUCGUCGUCGCUCGGCGCGACCCUGCUGCUCGACGGCUUCCAGCGCGGCGCACUCGACGGCCGCGCGUCAGUCAUGCUCGCGCCCAACCCCGCCUUCAAGUUUCCGCUCUGGGCGAGGCCGCUGCUGCGGCUACCUCUGCCUCGGCGGGUGUACGCGCGGCUGCAGCCGCUGGGGAUGUGGGCGGUGCGGCGGAAGACGAAGGAGCCCGCGCAGCGCGCGCGGUACGAGCGCUCGCUCGCGGCGCAGGACCUGGAGCGGCUCGUGCUGAGCAUGAAGGCGAACCUGGGGUACACGCUCCCUGCGGCGUGCGACGCGGUGGCGAUGCCGUGCGCGGUGCUGGCCGCCUCGUCCGACACGCUGCACGGGAUGGAGCAGGUGGCGAGCGUGGUGGAGCGGCUGCCCAACGCCACGCUGAUCGAGGUGCCCUCCAACCAGUACGCGCACGAGGCGGACGUGCUCGCGGACGUGGAGCCGUUCUACGAGGCGGUCGGGUGA